AUGGACGACCAAAACACACUCGUGUUUGUGGCUUUGCUCCUUGUUUUAGGUGAAUGUGUUAAUAAUAUUGUACAUGCGAAAAUAAGUUUACACAAAUUACAAGAUAAAGAUGAAUACUUUACAGUUUUGGAUUGGAAACCGAUCUCCGAUUUGAAUCUUGGCAGAUUUAAACGAAACAUCAACAUUGCGAAUAGACAUCGGCGGAGUGACACACGUAACGGGAGAUCAACUGGCGACGAGUCCAAUACACUAAUUUCGUCAACAUUUUACAUUCCGGAUGAAACUCAUUCCCAAGCUGUUGUGUCGUGGUCAGGAAGAAACAGUAGUGUUGUGUUUUUACUGACAAGAGACACACACCUGUAUGGUUUUGUGGAAAACUCAACACUUUGGAGGUCAGAAGAUUAUGGAACAAGUUUCACCCGUAUAAACUUUUCAUCAAAUGCUGUUGUUCAAUUUAUUUACAAAUCUCCAGUAAAUAAAGAUAAGAUUAUAUUAACAGACCAGAUUAAUCCGUGCCUAUACAUCUCAGAGGAUGAAGGGAAGACUUGGAUCACAUCACAAAUCGGAUUUGAACCGGAAAAAUUGUACAUGCAUCCCACUCUGGAAAACUGGGUCCUUGGGUACACAAUCAUGACUUACAGGCUAUACGUUUCAUCAGACUUUGGAAAAACAUGGACACUUUUGAAGGAAGAUGUGGCAAUGCAAAUUUACUGGGCAGUGGAAGGAGAGGAUGACAACCCGUUAACAGUACACGUAGAGUAUCAGAACCUUAUGGAGGACAUGAACUCCGAAUACUUGUCCUGCAUUGCCCCAACAUGUAUUGAUAAUACUCCGGACAAAAGUGUGGGAAAAAUCAACUUCAAUUCCCUCCGAGUACUCAAUGAGUAUAUAUUUGUACAGAAAUCCAGUUAUACCAGUCACGACCUGUAUGUCUCCUAUAAGAGAGGACCAUUCCGGAAAGCUUACUUUCCAUUAAAUGUACAUCCAAAGGAUUUUGACAUUAUUGAGACAUCGGAAAACCAGGUAUUUAUAGCUGCCGAUCACAAAGAAAACAUGGUGACCUUGUACCUCUCGGAUGUCACCGGCCAGUUUUAUGUACCGUCCCUUGAGCGGGUGGUAGCUGAUGUUGAGCCUGGGUACCUUGAAGUGGAUAUUUAUAAGGUUAAAGGAAUCAAAGGUCGAUACAUAGCAAACCAAUACGGGACCAUAGGAAAUUCCACAGUCAUGAAGACGUUUAUUUCCUAUGACAAAGGAGGAAAGUGGGUACCAAUUGAAGUUUCAAAGGAUCAGAAAUCCAAAUGUGUCGACCCAAAUUUCUGCAGUCUGCACAUCCAUCUUGCGUACAGUCAUGAAUACUACCUGACACCAGAGAUUGAGACUGAGGAGGGCGCCCCCUGGCUAAUCUUUGCUCAUGGCUCGAUCGGAAACAGCCUCAAACCAGACCAGGCCGAGCUGUAUGUCAGCAGGGAUGCUGGCCUCACCUGGUCCAAGCCAUCACUGGACGGUCAGUACAGGGUUAACAUCAUUGACCAUGGUGGGGCCAUCACAGCUAUCCAGUACAGUAACAAGGAACUGACCAACGUUAUACAUUUCUCAAGUGAUGAAGGGGAUAGCUGGCAGAAACAUCAGUUUGCAGACAAAGAAAUUUACGUUGAUGGUAUUCUCAACAGUCCGGACAUCACAACACUGGUUGUAAGCGUGUUUGGAAGAUUGGGAGACGAGAAGGGACGACUCAUGGUCAAGCUGGACUUCUCCCAGGUUUUGACCAGGCAGUGUACUCAGAUGGACUACCUAGACUGGAGCCCUGGAUCAAAUAUUUCUCAGGACAAUUGCAUCCUGGGGCAGGCAGUAACAUAUGAAAGACGGAAUCAAUUCUCAAGAUGUUACAAUGGCCCAGACUAUAUCAGAAAGAAACCAGCGUCCAUUUGUCUCUGUAGACCGUCUGACUUUGAAUGUGACUAUGGUUAUGAGAAGACUAUCACUGGUGGCUGUUCCCCGACAAACUGGUACGACCAUUCCAAUAUACACUGGCACUGUCAUGAGGGAGAGAUGUACAACAAAACCAGAGGGUACCGGUUGAUUGCGUCUGACAAGUGUACUGGAGGCCUGUCCACAUCCAGUAUGUACCAGCCGAUCCCUACCCCGUGUCCAGUCGCGGCACCCAGGGGCCUAAUGCUCUCCACACCAAAAACUACUGUCGCCUUGGGAACCACAGCAACCUUCACCCUCACUCAGAAAUCAGGAUCAAAGUUAGGAACAACUUAUACUUGGUCAUUUAGUAAUAAUGGACGUCAUGAGGUAAAUACUGGACUAGCAAAUGCUACAAGAAAGUAUCAUCGCUUCAACAAGGCUGGAGAUUUCAAUGUGACUGUGAUCGCCAUGAACAGCAACGGUAGUGCUGUUUGUCGAGUUUUAAUUUCCGUAGAAGCAAAUAUAACAGCUGUGCUGGCCUUAGCUCCCUGGGGAGCCGAGGUUGGAAGGUUGACCCAGUUCAAUGUGACACUGUGUUGUAGUGGGAACCAGACAGACUUUGGACCUACACAUUUUGUGUGGCGAUAUGGAGACGAACCUGAAGGAGCCCAUCCUUAUCUAACCUGGGGUACCACGGUCAGUCAUCGGUUCAACAAGACUGGCCAGUACAAUGUUACAGUCCAGGCGGUCAACUCGGUCAGUUCUGUACUAACAACCUACCCUAUCAACGUCUACAACAACAUUACGAUAGUCCGUCUCCAUUUUACCCCAAACAUUGACCACUUCAGUGCUGGGAGCUUUGACUGGCGGUAUACCACAUCACAGCUCAUCUGUCUCAAGCUGUCCGAGCUUCUGUAUGUACAAUCCAAUAGGCUGAUGGUUUCCAUCCCUCAGAUUCGACCUACAAUUGCAGAUCUCACCAUUUUACCUAACCAACAUGGUGGUCUCUCUGUCGAACAGGUUGUGAAAGAACUUCAGCAGAAAGUUAGUCUAAGCCAGAUCCGAUUCCAAUUAAUUACAGCAGAUGAUGCUAUUGGCAUUAAAAAUGUGGAAAUUAUAAAAGGUAAUGUAACAUCGUGGGUUCCUGCAUCGUUACCAACAGUUCCAGUUUCCACUUUGUCACAUGUACAUUCCACAGAUGUUACAUCCCCAGCCUCGGUUCCAGUUUCCGUGUAUAUAAUUGUACCUCUUAUAGUGAUUGCCGUUGGGGCCUUGGUGGCUGUCCUCAUUGUGUAUGUGAAAAGAAAACACAAACAGGAUGCUCGCUACUCUCUGAUCAUGAAUCGUCAGCAAGGAGCAACAGUAUUGGAGGUUGACGAUGAUGAUGAUGAAGAUUUCAUGGGUGGUGGAGAAAAUAUAUUUGAAAGCCCUGAUGGGGACAAUAAUAUCAUGAUAAGUUCAGUGCACAAUCCCACAUUGGUGAUGAUGACGCCAUCACAGCCUUCCAACACAGUCAACUGUUGAUGCUAGCUUACUUUAGUGUAUGAUAAUGUAUUAGCUUGCCUAUGCAAUAAAAACCUCUAUAUCCUUCCAUUGUUUUUAGUUGGUGCGACAAAAAAAAUUCCUUCCAUACAUCCAUCCAUAUAUGUGACACUUGUACAGUAAAACAUGUUUAUAAAACAAAUCCGAGAUUGAAAUGUACAAAAUUGUUAGGGUUAUUUCUGCUAGGGGAGAUAACUGGGACAUAUUAUUCAGUAAGAGAUUUUGCUUGUGUUCAUAGUGUUUUACUCCAUACUCAAUAAAUGUAGUUUUUGCAGUUUUAAUUUUAUCAAAGUAUUUUUUUCUUUUUAAUUUAAACUGAUACCUAUUUUAGUUAUCAGUAGUCAACUGGAUUAAUUAUUUAUUUGAACCAAAUUCAUUUAAAUAAAUUUAAUUUGAUUAUUUCUAAACUUAUUCCCUGUGUAUUUUUUGGAUAUAUUUAUGUCAAUUUCUUUAUUAUGAUAUUUGAUAAAUUUCAAGUUUUGUUCUUUCAUUCCCAUCCUGAUCAUGAUCUUUAAGAAGCUUUGAGUACAGUUACUGUACAUCAACUUAUAUUCAUGGAUAUUUAUUUUCUCAUGCCUGUAUCUAUAUUGUUAUUACUGUACAUCAAAGUGUGUACAUGCUGUUCAAUUUAAACUUAUGUUCUUGAACGAUUCAAAUCCAUGCCAUCAAAUUAACGUGGCUAAAAAAAUAAUUUGAACAAAUUUUGAAUUCAAGAACUAAGUCCAAAAGAUGCUUGGAACACUAUGUUUAAGGAUUUUAAAUUCUGAUAUUUACAUCCAAGUUGAAUUGUAAGUGGUCAGCUUUAUAUGAAGUACUUGUUAUUUAUUUUCAUGUGAAAGGACAGAAGGGUAAUUAUUUCGCAGAAACUGAUUUGUCUGACCACCUGGUUUUCCAACAUCUUGUACAGAUGUUAAGACGAAAAGUUUGUGAUUCAAACUGUGAUAAUUGCAGUCUUUAUAGACAGGGUGUAGCUAUACUGGUCUUUCUAGAAAGGAUUUGGGUUUUAAAUGUAUAUACAUGUAUAUCUUUUAUAAGAAAAGUAUACAAUAAAAACAUUGUAUAUAUGUAUGGUUUUUUUUUUACGAAUGUUUGUAUUCAACAUUGUAUGAAUAUUUUGUUGCUACAAUUGUAUUAAAAGAAUGAUAUUCUUUUAUGAUUAACACUGUUGUAUGUCACCAUAUGAUGAUAAGAUUUGUCUUAAUUCUUGAACAAUGCAUGACAGUUUUGUAUCUGUCUACAUUGUAUGUUUCAUUAUACUGAAAAAAAUAGGACAUUCUGCUUUGAAAAGGGAGGUAAUUAGUGGAUAAAUGCCAUUAGUCUUAAAAGACAAUGAAAAAUAAUGAAAAGUAGGCAGUAAUGAAAAGUAAAUAAAUUUCAAUAUCAAAUAAUGUUUGUUAAUGUUAUAUUAUCAAGAAUGUUUACUGUAAAUCACUUAUAUUUUGUGUGAAAUUUAUUUUCACAUAAAAGAGUGUUUAUUACAAAUUCAAAUCCUUUGUGAUUAUUUGUGCAGAAAUUUCACCUAUGGAUGGCAACCAAGCUAUCAGUUAACGAUAUAGGAGCCUUGCAGAGACAAUUACUCUAAUAGUUUAUCAUUAAUUUAACUUAAGUUCUAGAUCAGAAUUUGCAAAGUCAUGUAUUCUCGAAUGUCUGAAGAGGUAAGAUCGUGAAAUAAAUCAUUCGCAAAAUCUAAGUGAUUUACAGUAAGUUUGCAUAGAAAUUUUGUCAGUUAACAUCAAAAACUGGUGACCAUAUUGAUUUUUUUUGUGAACUACCAAACUAUUUUUAUAUCAGUGGCAUUGUAGAAUAAAAUAUAAAUUGUUGAUUUAAUCUUUCAUUAUAUUAAUUCCUUUUAAAAAGGCUAGUUUUUCCCCCAACAUAUGGGCAUUUUGGAAAUAUUUUUUCCAUGAUAAUAAUUUCACAUUUGAAAGUGGGCAUUUUGAAAUUGAAUCUCAUUUUUAGUGUAAAAGUGAAUUUUAUGUAGAGAAUAAGAUUUUAUUUAAUUGUAUUAUUAAUAUUAAAUUGUUCAAUUGAUUUUAUUCAGCAACAUAUUUUAAGUUGCUUUAAUGUUUCAGAAAAAAAAUUCUAACACAAUAAGAUCAAUGUUCAUCAGUAAAAAGGAUUGUUUAUAAUUUAAAGUAUAAUUUUGUCAUUAUAUAGAAUGGAAUUUAUUACAGAUUGUCCAAAUUCUAUGGAGAAGGAAAAUAUUACAAUAAACUUUAUAUAUUCAUUAAAUUUAAAAAGUUCAUUCAUUUGAUGCAAGAAUUGGUAUCUUUGAAUGUUCAAAGCUAAUAAUUGAUAUUGCAAUUGAAUCUGAAUUCAAAGUAACUUAUAGAUUUCAUGCUCAUUAAAAGGCUCUAAGGCUCUAGGAAAUAGCGUCGGUAGCGACACCUGAGCCUAUACUGUAAGAAAAUGUUCUAUAAAUACAUAAAUGUUAAAACAAUACUACAUGGACAAAGCCGAAUGGAGUUUUAUUGGUCCAAGUGAUGAGACCAUGCAGCAUUCUGUUUACGAGUGGUAACAUUUCUUGUAGGACCUACCAAAUUGUAAUUUUAUUGUUUCGCGCCAAUUUACCAGUAUUUACAAACCAUGGUUGCAGACACUUUUGAUUUUUGUAAAAAGUGAAAUAUAUUAAAUAUUCUUAAAAGAAUUAUUUUCCAACAGUGAUUUUAUAUACAGUUAAAGUUGUGUUAAUAAAAUACACAAAUUAUUUCUCAUUUUUUUAUCAUUUUAAAUAUUGGUGGCUGUUGUUGUUAUAAAUGUUCAGCUCCAUACAUUUGCUUGUUUCACACCUUGGAGUUAAACUCUGUUGUUCAUCAUAUCAUGGAGAUUGUUUUUGUUUAUAAAUUGAUUAAUCUUGAGAGUGACCAAACAAUAACAUUGUAUGUGCUUUAUUGUUCUGAUUAUGGUAUAUAUAUAGCUUUUGGUUCUAUGCAAAUGAAAGUAUGCAUGUUUGUGAGAGGAGAACAUAAAAAUGUUAAUUUGAUUUAAAACAGGUCUACACAUUUUUUUAGGUUCGUAUCACAGGGACUGUGAUAAUGAGGAAAGAUAUAUGUAGCUUAGAUAAUAUAUUGGCUCUGUUGUUACUGAAAAUGUCCAUAUUACCUUUCAUUAAAAUUUCUCAAAACAGCAAAAUAAAUCAAUUUCUUUUAGGGUUAUGAUUCAGAAUUUUUAACUUGUGUUGUCAUUAAGAUUAUAACUAAUCCUAUUGAGCAUGGGUUACAUUGUGCACUGCAUUCAGUAAUAGAUUUAAUGAUCUUUAGUUCUUAUAUCAAAAUAGAAACUAUGUUUAUUCUACAACAAUUGUGAAACAAGUUUCAUCACUCUUGUUGGGCGGGAUAGAAGUGUGGGGUCUUACUGUAGAAGGAAUCCAGAAUAUCCAGUGAAAACCCUGAUGGUCAUAUCUGAUCUUGGAAUUGAACCCCGGCCAGCAUGGGGAAAUAAAUCAGAAAAAUAGUAUACACACUUGUACCUUAAAAAAAUAAUGGUAGAGAUUUUAUAAUUUCUUUGAUAAAUGCAAUAGCAUGUACAUUUUGAUUCAAAUUCUUGACAAGAUUUGGAAAAUUCAAACUGCGAAAUGGAAAAUGUUUAAGGUAACUGUACAUGUACUCCCCCAUAUCCCACAAACUAAUACAGUAGUUUGGUCUCUGAAUCACGUCAUUUAAUGUGAUUUCUGGUCUUAAUCUGGUUUUAAGCGCUAUCUUGGAGCAAUUUAAAUUCCUAUCUCGCAAAUGUUGCUUGCCACUUUCACAGAAUUGUAGGACCAAAUUACUGUCCGUAUACUGUAAGGACAAUUUUCGAGUGUAACUCUAAUGAAAUCCAAAUUAUGGCUCUUGUCGGCUUACUUUAUUACCGGCAAUUGCAAUGUCAGUUUGAAUUCAUUGUUGAUUUUAUUAUUAAACGGUUCUGGGGGUUUGAAUGGUAUAGAUACAUAGUGCUGUAUGUCAAGACAUACCUAAAUGCUUGUGAGCUUUUUCUUGUUAAGUUUGAUAAGUUACUGUUAUGUUUGUUUGUACAGUCAGCUGUGCAUUCAGUUCUCUCUGUAGUAGCUUUAUAUUAUAGGCUUGUUUUGUUAAAAUGUGUGUACAUGUUAGUUAUUAUCACUUUCGUUCUUUAUUAAUGAUCAACAACAUAAUUCUUGUUACAAGGAUCAGAAAUAAUUCAUGUAAUUUCAUCAGUUCAUUUUUUUCAAUCCCUAGAUUGAGUCUCAUAGUUGCCAUUUUUUUGGAGGAAUUCCUAUAGGGGAUAUUUGGUAAGUUAAUAUUUAAAGCCCCAGAAAAAUACUUUGAGACAAACUUGCACCCUAAAAGGACAUAGUGUAAGCUGUUAUAACUGUAGGACUAAUUGGGAGUUUGGAAAUUAUGAAUAACAAAAAUCAAUGAUAAUUACGAAGGUAAUUUUAUGUGUAGUAUUAAGCUAAAAUAUGUAGGAUUUCCCAGAGUGUAGGUUCAUUUAAAUCUGAUGUUGUUUCCCUGAAAAUGUUUUAGAAUUACAUGUAGAAUGAAGUUUGGAUUCAGUCAUAAUGACAGAGGUAAAAGAAAGUGUGAUGUUGUUAUAUUUGCUCAAUAGUUUCUGGCAGGUCAAAGAUAUAAAACAUGCCUUUAAAAUGGUGGUGCUGACUAUUGCAUCAGCAUGGCAAACGUUCAUAGUUCAGCACUUCAGAUUUAUAAAAUCUUGUUAUAAAUGUUUAGUUUUAACAGAUUUUACAGAUAAUUGUAAUUUUUGGCCAUAUAUUAAAGCCUCAUACAUUUUAGAAAACUUUGCUGUCAUUUUAAUUUAGUUUCAUUGUCCUACCUAGUUGUUGUAGACUUUCAGAACAUGUUGUAACAGAAAUCUUAUUUAAAUGACAUUUUAACAUUGGUUGGGGAAAAUGAUCUGAAAAAUACUUAAAGUUAAAAAGAUUUUGUUGCGAAAAAAACACAUUUGCAUGGACAGUGAUUGUGAUACUCUGAAAAUUUAGGCCAAUGUAAUCUCAGUUGGAAGACUGACAGACAAAUGGACAAAUAUAUCUAGUAAGGUACAAAUAUUAGAAGAGACAAUGAAUUAAAUGAGGUACUGAUGAAAUGACAGAUUGACAAAUAGAUCUAGUGAGGUAUUGACAGACAAAUAGGUCAUGUUAUGUUACACUGAUGAUAGGAUAGACAUAUUGGCAGACAGACGGAGAAAUAGGUCUUGUUAUAUGUUACACUGAUGAUAGGAUAGACAGAUUGAUAGACGGACAAAUAGGUCAUGUUAUGUUACACUGAUGAUAGGAUAGACAGAUUGAUAGAUAGACAAAUAGGUCAUGUUCUGUUACACUGAUGAUAGGAUAGACAGAUUGAUAGACGGACAAAUAGGUCAUGUUGUGUUACACAGAUGAUAGGAUAGACAGAUUGAUAGACGGACAAAUAGGUCAUGUUGUGUUACACUGAUGAUAGGAUAGACAGAUUGAUAGACGGACAAAUAGGUCAUGUUGUGUUACACAGAUGAUAGGAUAGACAGAUUGAUAGACGGACAAAUAGGUCAUGUUAUGUUACACUGAUGAUAGGAUAGACAGAUUGAUAGAUUGAUAGACGGACAAAUAGGUCAUGUUGUGUUACACUGAUGGUAGGAUAGACAGAUUGAUAGACGGACAAAUAGGUUAUGUUACACUGAUGAUAGGAUAGACAGAUUGAUAGACGGACAAAUAGGUCAUGUUAUGUUACACUGAUGAUAGGAUAGAGAUUGAUAGACGGACAAAUAGGUCAUGUUGUGGUACACUGAUGAUAGGAUAGACAGAUUGAUAGAUAGAUAGACGGACAAAUAGGUCAUGUUGUGUUACACUGAUGAUAGGAUAGACAGAUUGAUAGAUAGAUAGACGGACAAAUAGGUCAUGUUAUGUUACACUGAUGAUAGGAUAGACUGAUUGAUAGACAGACAAAUAGGUCAUGUUAUGUUACACUGAUGAUAGGAUAGACAGAUUGAUAGACAGACGGACAAAUAGGUCAUGUUAUGUUACACUGAUGAUAGGAUAGACAGAUUGAUAGAUAGACGGACAAAUAGGUCAUGUUGUGUUACACUGAUGAUAGGAUAGACAGAUUGAUAGAUAGACGGACAAAUAGGUCAUGUUAUGUUACACUGAUAGGAUAGACAGAUUGACAGACGGACAAAUAGGUCAUGUUAUGUUACACUGAUAGGAUAGACAGAUUGAUAGAUAGACGGACAAAUAGGUCAUGUUAUGUUACACUGAUGAUAGGAUAGACAGAUUGACAGACGGACAAAUAGGUUAAGUGAGGUUACAUUGAUGAUAAGAUACUGAUAUAAGGACAGAUUGACAAAGGGAAGAAUACAUACGUGAAAUGGUUUAUUUGAUAAAUAGUGGAACUGGACUAGGGUGAAUGCCUUUGGCCAUGGAGGUAUACAAACUGAAAUGGUGUCAGUCUAAACUUCGGAGGUCCCAGGUUCGAGUCCCAGCCUGGUCCUUACAGCAUUUUUCUCAGAUGUGCAGGACUAAAUUCAUGUGUGGGUGGGUGCGUGUGUGUAUGUGUUACGAGGACAGAAUAUAUUAUUGUAUACUAAGUGUGAUGGUUGUGUGUCUGUUGUGUGCACUGCCCUGUGUUAAUGUAGACAAAACAUUGGCAGCUUUGUACAACCUAGAAUCUCAAUAAAUAACUCUGCAAUUGCA